CCCGGUGCCCGACGACACGCCAUUGUUGUCCACCGUAAAAUAACGAUGUCUCGAGCGCUGAAAAUAACGAAUAUCACACGUCAGAGCAAGUCGCGUUACAUUCUUUAUGGCCCAUGAAGACUUCAAAAUAUUCAAAGCAUCUCGUGAAUUAUUUGUCGUCGACAAUUUGAAUUACUUCAAGUCGCCGGAAGUGGACCGCGCGCGCGAGAGACGGUUACGCGGGCUCGCUGGUUUCCGGAUCGAGUCAACCCAGCCACGUCGAGUGCAUCGCGACGGUCGAUCUUGCUCAGAUCUCGGUGGAGUACUUUGCAAGGCUAAUCUUCGAGAAGCGACGAAAUUCGCGGGAAGAAUGAUGGUGUACUUCUUACUCGUCGGUUGCAUCGCGCUGCUUGGUGUUCGCGAGGAGUCGUUUGUCUCGGCUGCACCUGCAACGGCACCAACGAAUGGAUACGGCUUCCCCGAACAGACGACCUCCGCGAAUCUGAACGGGGGCGCACAGGACGCGGCCGCGAGCAUCAAUAAUCCGGAAUCCGCCUGCCCGUGCUUGACAUCGGUCAAUAGCUCGACGAUCCCCGGACAAUCGGACUGGAUGACGCGGCAGCGUCUUGAGCAGUUCUACACUCAGAACGUGAUGCUGCACGGCAUGAUGUGCUCGUGCAAUGUAGCCAUGCACAACGCCCCGAUGAGGGAUGAUUACCGUUACGCGGUGGGUAUCGGCGCGCAUAAGUUGCACACGAGGGCCGCCACGUGGAAUGACGCGAGGAAGUUGUGUAACGAUGAGGGUGGCCACCUCGCUAUCAUCAAUUCCAUUGCCGAGGAACAUAUACUGAUGGACAUAUUUAAUCGCUCUGGACCGAUCAAGGGCGCGGUAUAUCCUGACGAGGCCUUCUUAGGUAUACACGACCUUUAUGCAGAAGGCGAGUGGGUCACGGUAUUGGGCGAUUCGUUGGCGAAAACCGGUUAUACCAGGUGGAGCGAUAAGUGGGGUGGACAACCCGACAAUGGAGGCGGCAAACAGCAUUGUGGUGCUCUAAUGAAAGAGGGUAGCAUUGAUGACGUCGCGUGCGAUGUCCUAUUUCCAUUCUUUUGUGAACUACCGCUGAUGCGGGUUUUACAAUAAGAAAAAAAGCGACGGCGCAGUACACACGUAAAGAUUAAGCAUCGCAUAAGGUUUAUGUGUUCUUCUCUAUGCGUUCUAUCUUAGCGCGCUCGCGUAUAUAUGGCGGUAUUCUGCGAACAUCAUCCGUGAAGGAUCUUUCUCAAAUAUUAUAUAUAUGCUAUAUAUGAAAUAUAUGUCUUCUUUUUCUGACA